AUGUCAGGCUACAAGAGAGGCAGUAAGAUUCACGUGUUUGUCAUAAAUGAUGUGAAGAAUGAGGAGGGGGAGAAAGAGGAGCUCGACCAUGCGUACAACGCGGAUGGUGAAACACUCAAGGGAGGCAAUCCCACUGGUGACAUUGGCAUCGAGGGAGAUAAACCAAAGGUGAUGAACUCGAAAAAGAAUAAAAAAAAAGAAAUCAUAAGACACAAAAUGUAUCACCCGCAGGUCAAAAUUGUGAAAGUGAGUUGUGGAAAGUCCAUCAUUGGGUUCCUCUCAGUAGUGGGCAAAAUAUACUGUUGGCAGUUGAACGAUUUUGACGACUUUGACAAGAAUGUGCCCUACCUGUUAGUAGACUCCGUUUUAAAAAAUAAAAUAAUCCACGAUGUGAGCAGUGGAGAUAGUCAUAUUGCCUUUAUAUCGAAGGAGGGAGAGCUCUUCACGUAUGGGGACAACACCUAUGGGCAGUUGGGCAACGGGAAUGAUGCUUCGUUUGAGUGUGAGGAUGAGUUAGAGUCUAUCCGCGAAUGCACUCCAGAUUCCACAUCGGGAACGGUUCCGUCGUUUUCGACCUUGGAGAAAGACGUGGGAGGGCCUAGAAACCAUGAGGAAGUAGACACCAGAACGAAAAAGAAGCAACACAAACUGAACAAAGUCAACAAAGUGAAAAAAGUACACAAAGUAGAUGUCCAAAAUAACAUCGUGAAAUGUGUCUACUCAAGGGAUAGGUAUACCCUGUACCUGACUAUCGACGGGUUUUUGUACGGGUUUGGUUUGAUAAACGAGCAUUUCAUCCAAGGAGAGAAAAAUAAAGCCAAGAAGAAAAGAAUACUAACAAAACCAUAUCUGAUCGAUACAAAUAAUAUAGCUUUUAAGAAGAUCGCCAUCGGGAAUGAUUUCAUCUUGGGAAUCAGUUUUAACAACUCACUGUACUCCUGGGGGGACAACACCAAUGGUGUACUAGGAUACGAUGACUGUACAGAGUGUCAUGAACCCAAAUUAGUUGACAGCAUCAAGAACGUAACUUAUGUGAGUGCAGGAAAGGUAAGCCUUUGCAAAACGGGGGAAGACGACUUGUACAUCUGGGGAGGGAUCUACGGAUGCAAGCCUAGUAUGGUAAAAAAUAAAUUCAGUCAAAUGAUUAUUAACAGAAAUUUUAUCAUCGGCUUGUGUGCCAAGAAAAACAUCUGGGUAAAAAAAAUCGACACCCUUUCCCAUGGGUACUACAUUAACAAUUUAAAAAUCGACUUACUCUGCUCCUACGACAAUUUGAUUAUCGGUGUGGAGAAUCAUUUAGAAGGGGAAUUAGAACCCGUUCAUACAGAUGCCAAGGUAGCCAUUCAGAGCGGGUCCAUAAGAGAAGGAAAACACCAAGUUGAGAAUAUUCCACUGGGGGAAGACGAUUUGGUACAUUUCGCAGAAGCAGAAAGGGUGGACGCGCCCAAGGACUCUGCGGAACAUGUCGACGAAGCACGUAAGGGGGUCCAAGUAAUCGACGAUGAGUACGAUGGGCUCGCCUAUGUGUCUGGUGGAAAUGUUACAAGUGGUGAUACCCCCCCUCAGCAAGAGAAGGAAAGCGAACAAGGAGUCUCCCCGAAUGACCAAUCUGUCAGAACAGUGCCUACCGCGGGGAAAGGGCCCCCCUCAGACGUGAGAAAGGACGUUGCUCAAAACGGUGAUGAACAGAUCAGUAAUGAGGAUAGCCCCCCAAAUAAAUACCUCACAGGUGAACAAGAAAAAUCGAAUGGCAUCCCUCAGGUAGGCCCAAAGUCAGGUUUCGCGAAGAUGAAUCAAUUAGAGUAUGAAGGGAUGACCAAAAGUGAUUCCCCCAAAGUGGACUCAAAAAACGGAUCCAAUUGCAUGGAGACGAAGUCUGACUCAUGGGACUGGAAGGAGAAUAUCACCCGUGAGACAGAACCUGCGGAAAACACCUACCACAAAGUGAUAGAUACAGAAACGAAAGAGGAUGAUUACUUCGAUGAGGAUUACUAUGAUGAGGAGGACCACUAUGAUGAUGAGGAAGAGCACUUCUUAGCAACCAACUUUUAUGGGAAGCCAGAAAUUCCAAAUCUGAGUGAAAUACCAGGAGGCCUAGACACCAAAAGGAUACUUAAAGGAAAGGAAAAACUGAACUUAAAAUCGGCACUGAAGAAAUUCCCUAGCAGUGAGAGACUUAAAAAGAGCGUUUCCUUUUCUAACUACGUCUAUGAUUUGGCCAGGAGCAACUACGAGCUGAUGAGCGGAGUAUCCAGUAGCGAGGAGAUGGAAACGAUGAACGAGACGUCCGCGAGAAACACGACGAUAGUCGAUGGAACGAACCAAAGGGGGGAACCUCCGCUGAGCACCCUUCCCAUUUUCCACUAUGAUUCCCCACGUGACAAAGAAACAAACGGGUCAGAACCAGUCAGCGUAGAUGUAGAGGCCAAGAAGGAAGGGACAUCCCACCACCCAGAUGAGGACAUUCUUGUUAAUGGUCUCGAAGACAUGCCACAUGAGAAUCCUUCGGAGGAUAAAUUGAAUAGUCAGUUCAUUUGGGAUGACCCCCCACAGGAGGAAUGUAUGUCUCAGGAGGCUUCAUUAAACGAAGAUUGGAACAACAAUAUCGCGGGACAGACCAAAGAGGAAGGUUGCUCUCCACUCAAUGCCACUGCAGAUGGGAUUAGAGGCCGAGUCAGAAUGUAUGUGGACAAUCCAGACAAAGAAGGAGCGUUAAAAGGAGACACAAAAUACGUGUCACCCCUUAUCAAUGACCCUGAUGAUAAAGUUGGAUCAGUGCAAAAUUCCCCUACCAAGAGUGUCGACACGAGGUGCACUAACUGGGGAGCCACAAUCCACGAGGAGCAAAGUUAUAACAUAGCGGGGAACAAAGCAGGAUUCACAUUUGAGAGAACGAAGCCCUUUCCCAGUGAAGAUUACGACAUGGAGUGGGGGCUAUCCCAAAGAGGAUCCCCAAUCGCAGCGAGUUUUAAGGAAAGGAAAAAAGACGACAAAGAAAAAAGAGAGGUCAAUAUGGAAAUAAACUGCACCCAGAAGGGUGGGUUCAAGCAAACGGAAGAGUACCACAUCGUUGAUGGUAACUCCAAUGAGAGUUAUCAGCACAUAGACGAUGAGCCAUCUAAGGGGGAAAUAGUCAUUUCGGAAGAGAAAAAGUGCGAAAGUGGAUUUGACUGGAAUGAAAAUAGCGCCAUAUUAAGCGGCGUCAUGAGAAAAAAUCACCAAAGGAGGAAAACAAAUCAACAAGGAAGAAAAACAAAUCAGUCGUGUGCAAAAUGGAAAGACCUCCAAAAGACGAAUAAAUUAAAAAUAAAAUACCAUAUAUAUAAAAAAAGAAAAUGUCGGAUUAGAGAAGAGAAGGUGGACGUCCCGAAUGAGAUGCCCUCCGUCGGCACAGAACUAACCCUGCUGCAUCCACCCCAGGUGGAACGCCAAAAAAUGACCAAACUGAAAAGGACACCUAUCCAGUUGAAGGAAGCAAAAGAGGGGAAUGAUCAGGUAGACCUACCUUUGGUAGAAGGCAACCCUGUAAUUACGACGAAUGUGACUGUCCCCUCAGAUAUUUGCCAAUGCUGUGGUGGUCUCUCCACCACCCAUACUGUCAACCUCCAAGUGGUUAAGAAGGAAGACAGUACGCAUAAGAGGGGAGACUCACAGAGGAUCUCACUGGAAGACGGAUGCACAAAGAACACCUCCAUCUUGGUGGAUAAAGAAGCUUCAAAUCGUGACAACAACGCCUGUGUGAAGGAGAAAAACACAAAAAAGACCCUUAACAAUGAUAACGCAAAAAAUUUGAAGACGCACAAAACAGGGAAGAAGCAAGUCUUGUCAAAGAACAAAGAUAAACCUGUGUGCAGCAAGAUGGGUUCUGCUUCAAAACGAGGAGUACAAAGUGGAGCGCUUGGGACAAUCACUUUUGGUGAAAAUGACCAAAAUGGUUCAAAUACAAAUGGCAUCAUAGUUGGAUGCUCUGCACUGAAAUGUCGAAACGGCAGAAAGAUCGGAGCAGCGACAAUGAGGAGAAACUCAUCCGCGUCGAACAUUUAUAAUGAUGUGUGCGAAGGUGCAAGUGAGGAGAGCGAACAGAAAUGCUCCAAAUUGAAAAGGAAUAACUACUUUUCUGACACGGAGAAAAGAACCACCUCCUUCGAUGACGCAUACUCAAGCAACACAUCACAUUUACGUCCUAUCCGAAUAUUGUCUAAAAUUGAAUCCUACACCAGCCAUUAUGAUAAUAGUAUAGGUGAAAUAAGCGAGAAAAAAUUGAACGUCAAUUUGGAGUGUAUGAAAGAGACUGGGGAGGGAGCAAAGAACACGGAAUAUCCUUUCCAAUUGGGACUAAAUCACCCUGUUGUCCAUUUGGAAAAUGAUUUCCUCAGCAGAGGUACAAUGGAUAAUUGUGCAGGUAAGAAAUCCUUGCAUAGAAGUGAUCAUAGUUUGAAGAGAGACACCUGUUGGGGUCAACACUUCCCUCCAAACAGAAGCGUAAGUGAGGGGGAUGCCAGCCCAUCGUUCGACGGGAGCGUGGAUAGUAAGCUGUGUAGGAAGAUCCAAGGCAUUGGAAAGGACACAAGCAGAUGCUACAGCGAGGGGGAAAAGGUUACUCGUACGUGCAGUGAGGUGGUGAAGAAAAGGAGCAACAAGCAAGAGAGAGACAACCAGAAGAGAGACAAGCAAAAGAGGAACAAACAAAAGAGCGACAAACUCCCAGGGGAGAAAACAACACAGCCAUCGGGGGAAAGCCAGCUGGCGCGACUCGAGUGCACGAUCGACCAACACCUCUGCAGCUACGACGGUGAAAAGAAUCCGCCCCAGACAAAUUCACAAAUGGUCCGCCACGAUGAAGCAGCGCACCCACGUGUCGAGGCAGUAGGAGCUGCACGCUCGUCCCCCAAGAAGAAAUUGAAAAGGAAGAACAACGAAGGGACACUAUGUCUUUAUAGCCGAAGUGGCUCCAAUGACACAAAGGUGGCAGUCCCCAAGAAAGGGAAUCAAAACGAAAGCGUCGAGACGUAUCCCAUUUUGAGUAAACAGUCUUUGAGCAAGUGCAAGGGCCGAAUUCGCGCUCGGAGUGGUUCGAAGGACAGCGGGGAAGGUGGGAAAAUGAACCAGACGGCAAAACAAAGUGAAAUUGUGCUCGUUGGCGAAGAGGGGAAAAAGAAACAGAAAAAAAUAGCAAGUAGCACUAAACGGAUAAGCAGCGAAUGUAAUGAUGGCAGCGGAAGGGAUAUUCUGAAGAAAUUGGGUAAACAAAUCAGACGCAUGAAAAAUGACAUUGCGCUGGACAGAGAUUACUCAGGCAAAGUUGACAGGGUAAAAUGCAGAGAGCAGAAGGAUGAUGGAGGAUCCACAGCAGAAAUUGAGCUUAUCGAUGAGGAAGAAUCCCCACAAAGAAACAAGAAAUGCGAGCGGUUGUACCAGAAGGUGAGGAGAAAACUACGUGAUGAUCCUGUCGACGGAGAGAAACCCCACCUCGGGAAUGAAAAAAAACGCAUGAAGAAACUGCUCAAAGAUGUGAAAUACAUUUAUGAAGAGUACAAAUGUAUUAAAAAAGAAAAGGAAGAAAAUGAAAAAAAAAAAAACUACUUAAAAAAGGUUCUGGAGAACACUGUUAUGAAAACGAACCAAGUAAUCAGACUUAAUAAAAGCUCAUUUCAAGUUUAUAUCGACAAAAUGAGGAAAGAAAAUUUAUUUUUAAAAAAUGAGUUAGAUGAAGAAUCUCACCAACAUCACUACGACCUGCAGCAACUAGUGAACAAAAUUACGCACUUGGAACAGGUUAAAGAUUUGAUAGCCAGACAGAAUGAGGAGUUCACCAAAAGGAACAGCAUUCUGACAAUCGAAUGUGAAAAAUACAAGAAGAGAGAAGUCGAAAUGAGCAAGGCUUUUGAUAGUUAUAAGAAGAAUUUGGAGAAAGAAAAAAAAAAAAAAAAAUACAUUUUGCGAAAGAUUGAGCAUUCUUUGAGAAACUGGGAAACCGACUACAACGAACUGAAACACAAAUACAACUCGGUGAAGGCACAGAACGGGGAGCUGCUCAAGCGUAGCGACGAAUUGGCGGAGCGGAAUGACGACCUGGUGCAGAAGAACGAGCUUCUACGCGAGGAAGCACGCGCAUUGCGGCGAGAACUGCAGUCCAGGAAACACCUAAUGGGCGGGAAGAGCGCACAACAAGUUGGCGCCUUAGGUGCGAAAGGGACCCCCUCGAAAAGGGACACAACUUCUACCGCUACUACUAAUAAUAAUAGUACAUUAGGCGAUCUCCCCACUGGCAGCAGCACCAGGAGUAGCGCCAAACGGACGCAUGGCCGACAUCCGCUUAGUGUUGAAGCUGGAGAAGAGACGAAAUCAAGCGAAACGGAAGCGAAACAAGAGUUGCAUUUAGAAGAGGGCAACACCUCCAACGGGGAAGCUUUAUCAACCCAAUUAGCAUUCCUAAAGGAUAGGUUAAAACAAAAAUGGAACCCCUCAAAGAAGGACGAUUCUCUGAUGGAUCCCUUCCUCGAGGGGAUAAUUCAGAUGGCUGUUAACCUUCUGGGGGAACAAAACGAAAGAAGGGGUAGCGGCAAGUCGAGGGGAAGCGGCUCACAUCUAAGUAGUGUACAUUCGAAUGAUGAAGAUCCCAACGGGGCGGCUAACUUCGUCAACACGGCUCGUUCGGAUAAAACCGCCAACACCAACAACACGGGCACCCGCCGAGGAGGAACUCCAGAAGACGGAAAUCUCAAGAUGCUCGUCAUGGAACAGAUGGAGGAAACAAUGAGGUUCCCUGAAAGAAUAAAGCAAAAUUGCGCACAGAACAAUGAGGGGGAGGCUACGACGCAGCAAUUGCAGGAACACCAUUUGCUGAGCAACGAAACUACAGAGUCGAAAACGGAUACCUAUGAAACGUUGUCGAGUGAAACCCAUGUGGACUUCGAGGAGAGCUUCUCUCUCCAAACGAUCACGCGAGAGGGGAACUUCGACACAACGAGGGAGAAUUCUACAAAGGGGGGGGUACGAAAAUGGGUCAAUCAUAAGGUAAAUUACACCCCCUCUGAAAACCUAACCGAAUUAAAACACACAACGGAUAAUGGUAUUCACCCCGACGUGGCGAAUGAAACAACAGAAAAGGUGAAUAACCUGAACGGAACGAACGGAGCGAACGCGGCGAGUGGUAUCCUCCACUGGGGUGACAACGAUGGGGAAGGAAGCCAAAUGGGCGAUCAACAUAUAGUAAAAGCGCUCCUGGAAAGAAAAAAGAAAAAGAAAAAAAAACUUCACAGUGGUAAAGAUAAUUAUAACGAUGAAGAAACACACAAGACAAACGAGCACCCCCUCGAUGAGCGGAUCCUAAAGACGAAGAUUCGAGGCCUCAACGAGAAGAGCCUCACGAAGGGGAUGGGUGUAAACGGGUCCAGUUUGCAAUCGAACGAGGUGAUCACAAGGGCCCUUUCAAAAAAAAACACACAAUUAAAAGAAAUCCAAAAGAACGAUUUUUCUUUGCUCCAUGAUACGAACAACAUAAAUAAAAACAAUACAUCUGACGAAGUCCCAACAGCGAACGAUGCUUUGACGGAAAGGAGGAAGGUUACGCAUGCUGGGGAUGGUAAAAUUGCAGAGCCCGCACUCACCGAUGGCACACACAAGAAGAACGGGCCAGGUGAUAAUUCGAAGGGGAAGAAGAAGGAACUGAAUGCCAUGUUGGAUUGCAUUUUCGAUACAUCCUCGGAUCACUCGUCCAUCAGCGCAAACAUGGUGGACAUUCAGAGCUUAAUUGAGAGCAACCUCAAAAAUAUAUUCAGCGCGCAGGAUUAG